AUGAACAAUUUCCACCGCGUCGCCGCAGCUGCGAACAUUCUUGCGGUCUCGAUUUCCGCUCCGUCACAGGCUUUCCUCCAUCCCUCCCACUCGCUGCCCCCAAAAUAUAGCACAAUGGCCUCCCGAUCAUUAUGGAGGAGUUUAAAUCUCACCACUGGGCGACGAUUUGCCGUGAGCGAAACCUCAUACCGCUGUUUCUCCUGCUCCCGACGGACCCAGUCCGAGUUCAAGUCCGAGAAGGAUCGAAUGACGCACUUCGGCUUCUCAAAUGUGCCGGAGGAUAAGAAGGAGACAAUGGUUGGCGCUGUGUUUAGCUCUGUUGCUUCAUCAUACGAUACCAUGAACGACCUCAUGUCAAUGGGCGUUCAUCGUCUAUGGAAAGAUCACUUCGUUCGCUCAUUAAACCCCGGCUCUGCCCUUCCUUCGCGCGACAGUGAUUCCACCGGGCGAGGCUGGAACAUCCUCGAUAUUGCAGGCGGCACCGGCGAUAUUGCGUUCCGCAUGCUAGAUCACGCAACGAACAUCAACCACGAUAGCGAAACCCGAGUAACAAUCGCUGAUAUCAACGCCGAAAUGCUUGCGGAGGGAAAGAAGCGCAGUAUUGAAACACCGUACUACAACUCGAAUCGGCUCUCGUUUAUGCAGGGCAAUGCGGAGCACAUGCCCUCAAUACCGGAUAACUCUAUCGAUUUGUAUACCGUGGUUUUUGGCAUCCGGAACUUCACCGACAAGCAGGCGGCACUUGUGGAAGCACACCGUGUGUUGAAGCCGGGCGGUGUAUUCGCGUGCAUGGAAUUCAGCAAGGUGGACAACGCCUUGUUUAAUACGGUUUACAAGCAGUGGAGUUUUAGCGCCAUCCCCUUGAUCGGACAGCUGGUGGCGGGAGAUCGGGAGAGCUACCAAUAUCUGGUCGAGAGUAUUGAGCAGUUCCCCAGCCAGGAAGAGUUCCGGGGAAUGAUUCAGAAGGCUGGAUUCAUGAUCCCCGGUCGAGGCUUCGAGAACCUCACAGGGGGGAUUGCCGCUAUCCACAAGGGAAUUAAACCACUCCCCCGGGCUUAA